CAGGAGGUUAUUCUGCCAUCAAACGCCUUAACAAGGGCACAACUCCUCUUCACUACACCUGUGGAGGACUUCAAGCGUAAGAGCUCCACAAGAUUACCCGACCAAUAAAAAUGUAUAAUGACUGGAAUAUCAUUUUCACCUCGUUAACAACUGAAUCACAAAAAAGGUCAUAUUUUUCAGAUUGAAAAAAAAAAAGAAAAAAGAAUCACGAAAAAGGCGUAGCACUUUCAUUCAUUUAUUUUUGGAGCAUGUUAAUGCAAUUUUAAAAACCAAUCAACCUAGCAGUUGGCACCUGGUGCAAGUGAAAGGAGAGGUACUUGAAAAGGAGGUACUUGAAAAAUAGUAAUAGAACAAGGAGAAAGAAAGCCAAACGAAGUCCUAGUUAAAUUAUUCAGCAUCUGACAGAGUAAGCAGUUCCCUCUUCAGUUAGUUUAAAACGCUCUCAUGUUCACAGGUAGAAGGGCACGCUCUUGUUCCUCAAACCAUGAGCAUUUGCAUUUGCGUUUGUUUGAUCUCAAGUAGCUGUAGCAAACACAGUUCUUUAAUUUUUAUACUUGUUCUGCACUCAAAUUGAUUCAUUCUUUGAUUGUUCUUAGUGGCGGAUCCUUGUUAGUUGUUUUCAACAGUUAGCUGAAACUGAGGUCAUGGAAUUGAUCUGAUGGAACAGUAUGAUUAUACAAUUGUUUAGUAUCAAGAGGUCUGCAAUAUAAUCCAGAUGUCAAUUCAAUCUCUAAUUUAUUUCGGAACUUCCUUCCAUUGCCUGAAAACCACAAGACUAGCACUUCGGUCACCGGAAUUAAGACCUUAUCCUGGCUUCGUAGCCAGAAUUCUCAUUGCUACCAAACUGUUGCCAAGCAAUGGCUACUAUGAAUAUCAUGCUAAGGUUUCUCAUCAUCGAAGCCAAGGUGUCAACAUGUUAGCCAUUUCCGUUUCAGUUGCUACUGUCACCAUUGAUUGUUCAUGAACUUCAAAGUUCAAGGAGUAAAUAAUGGUACUGUUAUAUUCUUCUUCACUUCACUUAAACGGUUUAAAAACGAAAUUGCUGCAGUGACUUCAACAAAUCUCCCGAAGGAAAUUAUGAAACAACCCAAGAUAUACCAAAUGAAAUAAAUGUUCAUCUCCAAAAAUUGGUAAGCAUCUUCAAAGACCAAAGAUUUGUUGCUUGCAAUAACCAGUAAUCCACAGGUGAACUCUGACCCAAAAAAAAAAUCACGGGUGAGCUUGUUCUCAUACUCAGGUCACUCACACGGGAAAUGGUAGACCAGGAACAUGAUGGAGAUGUUGGGUUAGCAGGCAACAGCAGCAGAGCCAGGCCCACCCUGAUUGAUUAGUAGCAGAGCUACAGUGGUUUGAUUAUUUAUUCUGCAAGCGAAUACUGUAGAUCAAGAAAGCAAUAUUCCAAUAUAAUGGCCCUGAAGGGUCACGGUCUGAUACUGAUGCAAUGGUCCUUCAGCUCAUGAAGAUUUUGAUUUGAGCACAUAUUAAAAACCUGCCUAGUUUUUCUCAUCUGUCUCACUGAUAAAUCUUUUUGCACAUAAUAUCUUGGUUGUUUAACUAUGUACUUAUCUUUAGUUGUUGGCUUUUGACUUCAUCUUUGGACAGCCAGACUGUACUUUCAAUUAAUUUGUUUAUUGUCCAAGGCUGUUUGAUCUGUUUUAAGUUCACACCAAGGAAACUCAUAAACCUGCCAUUGUAGAGUUCAUUAGUUAAUAGUUAGUUGAUCUGUGGCUUUGAAAAAUAUUUUAAAAGCUAUAACAUCUGGUUUUAUAUUUAGUUCCAUGUGGAUCCAUAAACUAAUCAGGCUUCCUGAAAAUUCCACAGGAAUUGAUUUUGUGAGACAUUCGGCGGCACAUGUGGAGCAUAUGCAAAGCCUGCAGUGAGACAAAAUUCUCAUAUUGUCUUCACAGUGGACCUUCGGAUCUACAAUGACACUGAAAGUCAACAUAUCUAAUGAUAAUAAUGGAAGGCAGUGGCCACCCAAUCUAGCUAAAUCUCUAUUAUAGGGGGAGGUUUAUCGGCUCAACGGCUAUGGCCAUCAUGACAAGAUCACUUAAUGCUUUUGGUGUAACUUCUAAUCAUCAUGUGAGAGCACUUGGUGGAUUCCCGUUGGGCCUCUUAUUAUAGUUGGCAUUUUAUCAAGUGAUCUCUCAGGAGUUCCAUUUGAUAUUUGUCUGAACAAACACAACUCUGAAUUGAGAUGCUUCUAGCAAACCAUAAAUUCACUACUUGUUUCCCAUUGGCUGCAGCCAUCAGAUUCAUCAUUCCCCAAAACCCACUAAGGUGGCUAAUGGUAUCGGUGUUUUUGGGGUGGUCCUGGUCGGUACGGUUGGUGUAGAUUACCUGCCCUUAACUGUUUCCAAUGCACGUCACAGCAAUCAGUCAAGUAAAGUCUCUCUCUCUCUCUCUCUCUCUCCUCAGUCAUCUCCUUGUUUCAAGCUUCAGACCCCCCCCCGCAUUGAUUGAGAAAUAACACAGCCAUUGUCCCCUCUCAACUCUCAAAUUCCACAGUUGCGCCAUCCCUGUUUCAAAAUCACCUCUAUUGUUUACUUCCAUCUUCUUCUUUUCUCCUUGUUUAUUGUCUUUACGCUCCAGAAUUCUUCGUUUCCUGUUCAGUUAGGUGGGGCUGUUCACCUUCCUUUUGUCAGAGAUUCUCUGGCUACCCCCCCACCUCUGCUGACAAAAAGCCUAUAGAAGCAAAAAAAAUAAAAUCACCCCCCGGUUAACCACCAUAUACAAGGAAACAAAACCAAAAUCUACUGUUUUUCAAGAACCCAUCCCCAGAUGAAGACAAUAAUGGCCAAGACCCCUCAUGACUCUUCUUUCUCUUUCUCCAGGAGAUAUUUCAACUGGAGAAAGAAAGUUGUUGAAGAUGAAGACGAUGAAGAAGAAAUAUUAACUUACAACUCCUCCUCACAUUUCUUCUAUGGGGAAGUGUUGAAAGAUGAUCAACUUAGAAUCACACUGCCUUCUGAAGGACUCCCCGUGCCUUCUGCAGUUCGACCACCCAGGAAAAAGCUUCCAAUUGUGGCUGUUUCUAAGUUUCUAUCAGCUGUUACUGUUUUCAGCAAGAGCCGGCGGCCAACCUAUCACUCCGGCUUGGGAACCAAAUUGAUAGGUACCCUUUUUGGGUAUCGUCGAGGUCAUGUCCAUUUUGCAUUUCAAGAGGAUGCCAAACUUAAUCCAGCUUUCUUGAUUGAGCUUGCAACACCAACUAGUGUAUUAGUCCGGGAAAUGGCUUCUGGGUUAGUUAGAAUUGCUCUGGAGUGCGAAAAGAAGCCGCAGAAAAAAGCAGGGAAAUUGCUGGAGGAGCCUCUAUGGAGAACUUAUUGCAAUGGCAAGAAAUGUGGAUAUGCAACGAGGCGUGAAUGUGGUCCUGAAGAGUGGAAGGUUUUGAAGGCCGUGGAGCCAAUAUCUAUGGGCGCUGGGGUGCUGCCAGGGAAUGGAGCAGGGUCCGAAGGGGAACUGAUGUACAUGAGAGCCAGGUUUGAGAGAGUUGUUGGGUCAAAAGACUCGGAAGCAUUUUACAUGAUGAAUCCUGAUGGGUUGUCUGGAGGUCCUGAGCUCAGUGUCUACUUGCUUAGAGUUUAGGCUUAUGGUCCGUGAAGUUCCAGUGGGCUAGAAUCUAAAAUCCAUCCAUUUCACCUUUGCGCUGUUUUGGUGCUUUUUGAUGUUUUUAAUUUUUUGUCUCUUCAGCUCUGAAGUUCUUAGCCAAGUUUCCAUAAUUUUACUCUUUUGCCCCUUUUCCAUGUGGGUUUUGCUGUAUUUUUCUGCAUUUUGGAAGGGGGCAAUGUGGGAUAUAUUUAUGUAUAGGACUUUAUUCUCUCUUUUUCCCA